AUGGUCAAGAGCAAGUCGCUCUCAGCCAAAGACAUCUGGGAGAAGUUGAAACAACACCACGAAGGGAACGCCGAUCCGUUCAAGAUUCGCACGCUACUCUACGAGAUUUCGAAUGCGUCGUACGAUGAGGACACCAACCUCGGCGAGUUUCUCAAGGGCAUCACGGACAAGGUCGAUCAACUCCAAGAUCUCGGCCAGAAGUUCAAGGAUGAAGCCAUCGUCGCGUUUAUGCUUCAAGCUCUACCUCCCUCAUACGAGAUGCUCAAGCAAGCUAUAAAGCUCAGCGAUAAGUGCUCGGUUGACUAAGCCGUCAAUCGACUUACCGACGAGUACAGUGAACGCAAGCUCACUGGCAAGUACGACAAGUUACUCAAGAACGCGGGAGCGUUAGCGGUUCGCGAAGGCACGCAAGUCAAGCGUGAUGCGAACUGCAUUUGUCGUCGUUGCAAGGGAACCGGUCAUUACCAAAUCGAUCCGGAAUGUCCCAAGUACGAUCCGAACGCCAAACGCGGUCGUAACAAGAACCACAGCAACAAGAAGAAGAAGCAACAUCAGCAUUCCAAGGGAUCUGCGGAUUCGGAGGAGUCGGCUUCUUUUGCGUUGGUGGUCAAGUCUCUCGAGGAGAGCCAUUCGCUUCACAUCAACGUCGCGAAUAGGGUGUCACAGAACGACCAGAGUGAGAUCUGGAUCCUGGACACCGGUGCAAGUCAGCACUACGUCAGCAACGCAAGUCUGCUUACCGACCGUCAACAUGGAAGUCUGAACGUUCAAACCGCGAGCGGUCAGGUAGUACAUUGCGACACGUAUGGUACGGUACGGUUCAAGUUGAGAAGCGGGGCCUCGCUCUCACUUUCGAACGUCUACCAUCUCCCGGGCGCUCCGGUGAACCUCGUCUCGACUCGUGCUCUAUACCGAUCAGGAGCUAGUUGCGGAUGGGAAGAUGGCAGGGAUGUCAUGACGAUCAAGAUCAAAGGGCUUACCGUAGCGAAGACGCUGAACGGUACCGGUUACACCCUCGACUUUACGCGCAUUGUCGAGGACCAAGCUCAUGUUGCAACUCGUGCGACAGUGGGAGCGCCUUUGAUGGAAUGGCAUCGUCGCUACGGCCACAUCGCCGUGAGCUCGCUCAAGGAGCUCGUCAAGUCGAGGGUGUAA